AUGAAGCUUUGUAGUCUUGGAAUCCUGGUAGCCUUUGUCUUCCUCUGUGAGAAACAUGGCUUGGCUUUUCAGAGUGGCCAGGUUUUAUCUGCUCUUCCUAGAACCACUAGGCAAGUUCAAGUUCUGCAGAAUCUUACUGCAACCUAUGAGAUUGUUCUCUGGCAGCCAGUUACAGCUGAAUUUAUUGAACAGAAAAAAGAAGUCCAUUUUUUUGUGAAUGAGUCUGAUGUCAGCAUUGUGAAAGACCACUUGAAUGUGAGCAGAAUUCCAUACAGUGUCCUGACGGAAAAUGUAGAAGAUGUUAUACGACAGCAGACCUCCAACGACACCAUUGGCCCCCGGGCCUCCGCGUCAUUCUAUGAACAGUAUCACUCCCUAAGUGAAAUCUAUUCUUGGAUAGAAGCUAUGACUGAGCAGUACCCUGACAUGCUUACAAAAAUCCACAUUGGAUCCUCUUAUGAGAAACACCCACUGUAUGUUUUCAAGGUUUCUGGAAAAGAACAAAAAGCCAAAAAUGCCAUAUGGAUUGACUGUGGAAUCCACGCCAGAGAAUGGAUCUCUCCUGCUUUCUGUUUGUGGCUCAUAGGCUAUGUAACUCAAAUGUAUGGAAAAGAAAAGCUGUAUACCAAUAUCCUGAGGCAUAUGGACUUCUAUGUAAUGCCAGUGAUUAAUGUGGAUGGUUAUGACUACACGUGGAAAAAGAAUCGAAUGUGGAGAAAGAACCGAUCUUCCCACAGGAACAAUCCUUGUGUUGGAACAGACUUGAAUAGGAAUUUUGCUUCCAAACAUUGGUGUGAGAAAGGUGCAUCAAGUUUCUCAUGCUCUGAAACCUACUGUGGACUUUAUCCUGAGUCUGAACCAGAAGUAAGGGCAGUGGCUGAUUUCUUGAGAAGAAACCUCAACCACAUUAAAGCUUACAUCACUAUGCAUUCCUACUCCCAGCAGAUACUGUUUCCCUAUUCCUAUAACAACAGCAAAAGCAAAGACCAUGAGGAAUUGUCUCUAGUGGCCAGUGAAGCAGUUCGUGCUAUUGAGACCAUUAAUAAAAAUAUCAAGUAUAAACAUGGCAGGGGUGCAGAAACUUUAUACUUAGCACCUGGUGGUUCUGAUGACUGGAUCUAUGAUUUGGGAAUCAAAUACUCAUUUACAAUUGAACUUCGAGAUAAAGGCAGAUACGGAUUCUUGCUGCCAGAACGUUUCAUCAAACCCACUUGUGUAGAAGCUCUGGCAGCUGUCUCUAAAAUAGCGUGGCACGUCAUGACGAAUGUUUAAAUAUCCUGGAUUUUUCAGUCUGCUCCCAUAUUGUUAAUUUACGGAUACCAACAAGGCCAAAUCAUUGUACUAAUUUUUUUUUUUAAGUUUGAUGGGUUGUUUUGCUUAAAAGGUUUUCCUAUUCCUUGGGUUUAUCAGAGAUCAGAAUGCGUGAUUUUUUUUUUUUAUUAAGGGAAACAAGGUAUCACGUGUUAUUUUAAUUUAAAAAGAGGCUAGGUACUGACUUUUUCUGGAUUGGUGAUGUCUGCCUAACCAUCUCAAGGAAUUUCAAUACCUAGCUUCACGCAGUUCCUACCCCAGCAUAAGGAACGUGAUCUGAAGUACAUUAAAGGCUGCACAUUUUUCAUUAAGUG